AUGGUGAGGGGGAUAAUCCGUAACCGGGGAAGGAAGAGACCAGGGAAAGUCGGAACGUCGAUUAGGCGCCUAAUCGAAAUAGCUCAAAACUUGACUCAAGCUAUGACAACCCAGGUAACUCGCAAGAGUAAUAUUGAAAACUUUGGUGAUGUCUUUAAGAAAGUAGCAGCUAGUAAACCACCUACCUAUGAUGGAAAGGAAGACCCUGCAAGUCUAGAAAACUGGCUUAGAGAAUUUGACAAACUGUUUGAUGCUAUCAAUUGCCCUGAGGAUCUAAAAAUCAACAAUGUUGUGUACUAUCUAAGGGAAGAAGCUGACCUAUGGUGGUUACAACGAAAGAAAGACUUAAUGGCCAAACCUGAUUUUGAUUGGGAAACCAUGAAAGAAACUUUGAGAGCUAUGUUUUACCCUCCCUACCUAAAGAAGCAGAAAUGCCUAGAAUUUACAAACCUUAGAAUGGGCACCAUGACCGUGAAUGAGUAUUACACCAAGUUCAUAGAGCUAAUGAGGUUUGCACCUGAAAUAGUCCCAACUGAAGCCAUAAAAGCUCAAAGGUUUGAGCAAGGGUUAACCUUGACUUUGCAAGGGAAGCUUGGGGGAGUUAACUUUGAAUCCUUAGAUGAUGUUUAUGGACGUGCAGCUCACCUAUAUGGGAUUAAAGGAAGAGAGCUUGAUGGAAAUUCUGGUGAAAAGAUGAAGGGAAAUGGAAACUUCCAAGGGAAUGAGAAGAAACCUAAGCUGGAUGGGGGUUUUAACCAUGGAAAGAGGGAAGGGAAUUUUAACCAAAAUAGGGAAGAGAAUCGCAAUUUCACCGAAAAUGGAAGGGAAAUUAUGAAAAUGGAAGUAACGGGAACGAGGCAAGGGCAUCGUGAGUUUGAAUGCUACAAGAAAGCAUUUGGGGAAUCAACAUAUAACCUAGGCCAGAAUGGGAAAAAUUCACACUCAAGUCAACAAGGAUUAAGCCAGCAGGAUGGAAUCAACAACACCAAACCUGGAGGUGGGAAUAACGCCAUCCAAUUGAAGGGAAAAUUGUUCGUUAUGAAUCAUCGUGAAGCUGAAAAUGCGUAUGAAGUAGAAGUUGGUACUUUUUCUAUUUAUGAUCUACUUGCUACCUAA